AUGCCAAAUCUGUUCUUUUUACUUGUAUGUUGUCUCUUCAGCAUCAUCAAAGCUGAGGAUGGCUUCCAAGCCUGGCUUCGCUACGCGCCGCUUCCACUACAUCUUCGCAAUUUCACUGAUAUCCCAAAGCAAAUUCUGGUCUUGAAUAGCACCUCGAAUGGCUCCAUACACACUGCUAGCCGAGAAUUACGUUCCGGACUUCAAAGUAUCCUCGGCAUUGAUGCUACAGAGUCAUUCACUCCUCAAGAUGAUCACCAAAACUACAUUGUGAUCGGUACACUGGAGAUGAUUACAAAUUUUCCUGGGCCGCAUGUUUCUGAUAUCGGUAGCCUGAAAGCCGACGGCUUUUGGCUCAGCACCAAUGGUCCGAAUGUCGAAAUUAUCGGCCAGAGCGAGGUUGGAGCGCUAUACGGGACUUUCGAGUACCUUUCCAUGCUGGCCCAGGGCAACUUUACCAGACUUGCUUAUGGCUCAAGCCCUGCGGCGCCGGUUCGCUGGGUCAACCAAUGGGACAAUAUGGACGGGUCUAUUGAGCGAGGUUAUGGAGGCCCUUCCAUCUUCUUUGAAAACGGCUCCACCACCACCAACAUGUCGCGUGUUGAGCAAUACGCGCGCCUCCUAUCCUCUGUCCGACUCAAUGGGGUAGUCAUCAACAAUGUUAAUGCCAAUCCCGUCAUCUUGAAACCCGAAAACAUUGCAGGUCUGGCCAGGAUUGCCAACAGCAUGCGGCCGUGGGGUGUGCGGAUCGGUAUCACGUUGAACUUUGCCUCUCCCGAGACGCUCGGCGGACUUUCCACGUCUGAUCCCUUGGACCCGACCGUCAUUGCGUGGUGGGGCAACGUGACCCAGGAUAUCUAUCGCGAGAUUCCCGACUUCCUCGGUUUCACCAUCAAAGCCAGCUCCGAAGGUCAGCCCGGGCCCCUCGAAUAUAAUCGGACCCUAGCGGACGGUGCCAACCUGUUUGCCAGUGCCGUAGAGCCCUAUGGAGGCCUGGUACUUUUUCGGGCAUUCAUCUAUAAUCUAACAAUUCAGUUCGAUGAUUGGACUGGUGACCGGGCAAAGCACGCUGUCGACUAUGUCGCACCACACGAUGGAGAGUUCAAAAAGAAUGUCAUUGUACAGAUCAAGUACGGUCCCAUUGACUUCCAGGUCCGCGAGCCUGCCUCGCCGCUCUUUGCCCACCUCCAGGAGACCCCAACGGCUCUUGAGCUGGAGGUGAGCCAAGAGUAUCUCGGUCAGCAGUGCCAUCUCGUCUAUCUGCCGCCACUCUGGAGGACGGUAAUGGAUUUUGACUUGCGCGUCGACAACCAAUCGUCUCUAAUUGGGUCAGAGAUCGUGACCGGACACAGAUUCAACCACAGCCUUGGCGGCUAUGUAGCCGUCGUCAACGUCGGCACGAGCGACAGCUGGCUGGGAAGUAUCCUGGCCAUGUCCAACCUGUACGCGUUUGGACAAUUAGCCUGGAACCCGAAAAUAGACGACGAUGCCAUCCUGACACAAUGGACGCGCCUCUCCCUCGGCCUCGACGACCAAGUCGUGGCCGUUGUGACCAACAUGUCCCUGCGCUCGUGGCCCGCGUAA